AUGGCUGCUGCGUCCUUCGCUACCUACCUCGAGACGCCUAGAGAGCUCCGGGUGCUGGGGUUCCGGGCGCCGCCCCCGUCUCCGGUCACCGGCGUUCUAUCCAACGGUGGCUCUGGAUCCCCUGAGUACGGCGAGUGCCCCGACGGCAACGAAGAUGACGAGGUCGGCAGGUUCCUGCGUCGCUCCGCCAGGGUCCUGGUGCUGCGGCUGCCCGAGAGGGCCAUCCCACGGAAGAAGAAGAAGAAGAGUGAUAAGGCGGUCUGGGCUCCCCCAGUCAUCGACAUGCGCCUGCUGGCCUCGCUGGGUGGGCCGGCGGUGGAGGCUCUGAGGUCGGCGGCCGUCGCGCUUGGCUGCUUCCAGGUGGUUGGGCAUGGGGUCAAUGAGUGCUUGGUCUCAGCUGCGGCGGGGAGGGCGAGUUCGCCUACGCCGGAGGAGGCCGGUGGAGAAGAUGGUGAGGAGCUGUGGUGGUCACCGAGCGAAGGAGACCAGUUGAGGUGCCAACUUGCCCAUUUCAUUGGAAGGCAACUAAUCAAAGGACUCUAUAUGAUGCUAACCCCUGGUUUUGCUGUGUCCAGGAAGGGAGCAGACGAUCUGUUCACCCAGCUGGAGCAAACCGCAGCCAAACUCAUGGACGCCCUGCGGCGGGACAGCGUUGGCGCCACCGAUUCCCUGGCCGGAGCUGACACGAACCGCUCGCAACUCUGCAUCCGCACGCACCACCGCCGGCAGUGCGAUGGCGGCAGCGGCUCUGUUGGCCCCAUCACUAUCAGCGAGGACGACAUGCUCAGGAUGCUGAUCAAGAGCUCACGCCGCCCACGGGCUCUCGCUCUCCACCUCUGCCCCGGCGCCUCCACGUUCCACGUCUUCUCCCGGCAGCGGGGAUGGUCCAGGUUCCGCCCCCUCGGCGGCGCCGUCGUGGUCACCGUCGGAGACCAGCUUCAGGCAUGGAGCAGUGGACUCUACAAGAGCGUGGCCGGGAAACCGGCUUACAGCAACGACGAUCUCGGAGCAGACCGCGGCUGUGAUGUCGUCAUCUCGGCGGAGUACCUCCACUCCUGCUCUUCGGCUGGCAUGGAGAACGAGCCCCCGGACGCGGAUGCCGGGAAGAUCAUUCAGUUGAAUGUGCAGAUCAUUGUAGCAGCUUGCCUUGUACUCCUUUACGGCAAAAACAACAAAUUUGACAUGUGA